AUGCAAGCAGACGAACGGCGUUUUGCGAUCAUUCUCGGCGCUGGUGCGGCUGGCAUAAUACAAGGAUACGCAUUUCUGCGCGAAGAUGUCCUUCCACUUGAAGAAUUUCACAUUUUGGACAGGAAUGAGUCGUUUGGUGGAGUGUGGUGGAGCAAUACAUAUCCGGGGGCUGCAUGCGACAUUCCCAGUAAUGAGUAUUGCAUCAGUUCGUUUGAUUUUCAAUUUUCGGUCCAGCCAACAUUUCCAUAUAUCACAUUUAGUUCAAGUCUAGCCUUAGGCAUGAAUCCCUAGAUGGCUAACAAACGAUACUCUAAAAAGACUCAGGACAUACGCUCCACAAGCAGAGAUCCAACAAUAUUUCGAAGGGUUUGCGCUGAAAUACCAGCUCGACAAGUCAACGACUUUCAACACAGAGAUUGUCAGUGCCACAUGGGACGACUCACGCCUAUUGUGGUUUGUUCAAACUCAAGACUCUAAGAGCAGUUCUCAGAAAAUAUGGUGCUGUAAUGUGCUUGUCAGUGCUGCGGGAGCCAUUUGGCAUGCCUAAGAAGGCCGAUAUCGCAGGACUCAAAACAUUCAAAGGCGAACAAUGGCAUCUUGGAAGUUGGCCAAAAGACGCUGAUUUAAAAAACAAAUCUGUAGCAGUCAUUGGAACCGGGCAAUCCGCCGGACAAGCCAUUCCGAGUAUUUAUCCUGAGGUGAAGCAGUUGACGGUGUACCAGCGAAGUCCAGGACAUUGUCUGCCUCGUAACGAUGUUUCCAUAAGCGGGUCCAGGAAGUGAGUGUUCUCUCACAUUCCAUUGGUACAACGUAGCUACCGAUGGUUUGGUAUGGCACAGUUUGGUUUCGUGGCCAAGCGCAUAUUCCACAUCGGAUCGUGGUGGCAGAAGUUUGUCGUCGGCAUGGCCAAAAAUCAUCUGUACAAUCAGAUUAGCGAUGACAAUUUGCGACGCAAGCUGGAAUCGAAGAGUCACUUCGGAUGCAAACGUCCAUUGAAGCUUGACACCUGGUACCCUAUCUUCACCAAUAACAAUGUUGAUCUUGUGACGGGACUGACGGAAGAUGGCAUUCUUUCUAGAGAAGCAGAAGGAGGGCGUGAAAUAGAGCGGAAAAUGGAUGUGUUGAUUUGGGACACUGGAUACAACUCAAACAAAUUCGGCACCCCUGUCUCGACUAGAGGUAGAACAGGGCCACCCCACCCGCGGGGCCCAGUGAAGCAGCGCAGCCUAUUCCAUCCAAAAGUAAUCUACCUCCUUCUGAAUUCCACUUCCGCUCUCGGAUUCGGCAUACAGACCAUUGCAUUCAUGAUAUUCUCGGGCCGUUCCCCCCCCUUCAAUCGAAACUCCCACUUCGUCAACAACUCGAUCAACACGAUCUUAAUCUCAUUUGCGGCUAAAAAACGUCCUGGACAAGCGUGAUUUCCAUGCCCAAAGUUCAUAGACUCCGGCGAAGUGGUGACGAAUUGGUGCCUGUUCUCAUUCCCAGGAAUCUGACGAAGCUUGUAGUAUCGAAGACCAUCGAAUGGUAAGUGCGGUGUGUGAAUUGCCCAGGCGGCGAAUCCGAAUCGGCUUCCAGCCGGUAGGGUUCCCGUGGAAAGAUUGAGAGGAGAGGUUACGAGUCGGACAUUGGUUACUUG